UCUCUUUGAUAAAGUGUAGUCAGAUAAUAUAGUGGUUUUACGUUUUGUUCUAAACCCGACGUUUGAGUGUAUAAACAUUUGUUGUACCUUGUAAUGUUCGUCAAAAAGGUCAUGCGUAACUGACCUUCAGUGCUUUAUAUUAAAAUCACCAUUUUUAAAACAAAGAUCAAGCAGACUGAAAAGAAAGAAAAGUUACCAUAAUUCGAAACGUUCUCGAAAAACCAAAAACAAAACUACAACUAAAACAAACUUUGAAGUACUUCAAAUCUACUCAAAUCAAAACAAAACUCUUGUUAUACUACAAAACAUGAUCGAAACAAUAAUAUUAUUUUUGAUUGUUUUUACAAUAAUGUAUGAUUUUUAUUUACACCAUACAAGAAAUGGGCGACUUAUCGAUCUUAUACCAGGUCCACCUAGUAUUCCAGUUCUCGGCUCGGCACAUUUUGGUCAAGUUUCACAAGAGGAUGCAUGGCAUCUUAUACGUUUUUACACGGACUGUAAAUAUCCUAUUGCAAAAAUCUGGUUGGGUUUUACUUAUGCUGUAUCUAUUCGUCAUCCAGACGAUCUAGAGAAAGUUUUAAGCAGCACGAAACACUUCGAGAAAAGUAGAAUAUACGAUGCAUUACGUCCAUGGCUUAACGACGGUCUUCUCACCAGCAAUGGGAGCAAAUGGCAUACUCGUCGAAAAUUGCUAACGCCAACAUUUCAUUUUACAAUAUUGCGGCAAUUUAUUGACGUUUUGAUCGAAGAGGGUAACCAUAUGAUAACAUCUCUGAAAGAAUGUGAAGGAACAGUUAUAAAAGAUUUAGUCCCAUUUCUUAGCGAGCACACACUAAAUGCAAUAUGCGAAACCGCCAUGGGUAUUUCUUUGCGCAGUUGUGACACGUUUCAGGAACAGUAUCGAAAAUCAAUAGAAGAUAUGGGUAACUUUAUUGUAUACAGAAUACAAUCUCCUUGGCUGUAUCCUGAGUGGUCGUUCGCAUUAUCUCCAACAGGUAGACAGCAAGCUAAAGCGUUGAAGAUAUUACAUGGAUUUACUGAAAAAGUCAUUAAAGAAAAAAAACUUUAUCACGAACACACAGAAGACCGAUAUUUAAAAAACUUAGGAAGUACUACAUCGACAAAAGUAGAUGAUUUAGAAGUGAUCGAAAUUCACAAAAAGCGACUCGCUAUGUUGGAUCUUUUAAUAGCGGCAUCUCGAGAAAAUCAUAUAACCGAUUUGGAUAUAAGAGAAGAAGUCGACACUUUUAUGUUUGAGGGUCACGAUACUACGGCAAUGAGUAUGUGCUUUACUUUGCUAUUACUAGCUGAGCACAAAGAGAUUCAGGAUCGUGUUAGAACUGAAGUUAAUGAUGUGAUGAAUGAGAAUGAAGGAAAAUUGACUAUGGCAUCUUUACAAAACCUACCAUAUUUAGAGAGAUGUUUGAAAGAAGCGCUGCGACUGUAUCCCAGUGUGCAUUUCAUAUCGCGCGUUACUGCAGAAGAUAUACAAUUUCAGUCGUAUACAGUUCCAGCUAACACAAUUUUGCACCUUAAUAUCUAUGGCGUCCACAGAGAUGCUAACUUCUGGCCGAACCCGGACGUAUUCGAUCCCGAUCGAUUUUUGCCUGACCGAAUGCAAAAUCGCCAUUCUUAUUGCUACUUACCGUUUAGUGCGGGAUCACGGAAUUGCAUAGGUCAACGGUUUGCUAUGUACGAAAUGAAGGCUAUUGUCGCACCUCUGGUGCAUCACUUUUACUUGGAACCUGUUGAUUACUUGAAGAAUCUUAAGAUAAAGAUUGAUUUGACACUUCGUCCUGCUCAUCCGGUUCGUGUAAAAUUUGUGCCGGUCAAAUAAAUAUCAAGACAACUAAAGACAUGGGACAACUUGUUUUUUUGGUUAUAAACUGUUAUAUAUUAAAGAUUGUAUGUAUAGGUGAAAUAUAUAAAAAAAUAUU